AUGUACAUGCUCUUCGGCCCCUUCAACUUCCUUGCCCUAACGCACAUCUACCUCGCGGCGCCCGAGACCAAGGGCAAGAUGCUCCAGGAGAUGGACGAGGUCUUCGACAAAAAGCGCAAGGCGUGGCACGGCCCAAGGGCUCGCGCACGGACGACCCCGCGUCGCGCUUAG